GCGGGGUUUCCGGUCCUCCUAUCGCGAGAUCUUCCUAGUGGCGUUGGGCCGCUAAGGCAGCUGGAAGGGCGCCGGAGUGUGGCGUGUGCUUGGAUUUCGGCUUGUCGAGCCGGAAGGAGCUGGCCCCGAACGAUGGAGUACAUGACAGAAGCCGUGGAUCGCAGCCCGGGACACAUCUUGUGCUGUGAGUGUGGUGUCCCAAUUAGUCCAAAUCCUGCCAAUGUUUGUGUGGCCUGUUUACGAAGUAAAGUUGACAUCAGCCAAGGUGUUCCAAAGCAGGUCUCCAUUUCUUUCUGCAAACAGUGUCAAAGAUAUUUUCAGCCACCAGCAUCUUGGGUACAGUGUGCUUUAGAAUCCAGGGAGCUUCUUGCUUUGUGCUUGAAAAAAAUUAAAGCACCUCUGAGUAAGGUUCGCCUUGUCGAUGCAGGCUUUGUUUGGACUGAGCCCCAUUCCAAGAGACUGAAAGUCAAAUUGACAGUUCAGAAAGAGGUGAUGAAUGGUGCCAUCCUUCAGCAGGUGUUUGUGGUGGACUAUGUUGUUCAGUCCCAGAUGUGUGGAGAUUGCCAUAGAGUAGAAGCCAAGGACUUCUGGAAGGCUGUGAUUCAAGUCAGGCAGAAGACUCUGCACAAGAAAACUUUCUACUAUCUGGAACAGUUGAUUCUGAAAUAUGGAAUGCAUCAGAAUACACUGCGUAUCAAAGAGAUUCAUGAUGGUCUGGAUUUCUACUAUUCUUCCAAACAACAUGCUCAGAAGAUGGUGGAGUUUCUUCAGGGUACGGUUCCCUGUAGAUACAAAGCAUCACAAAGAUUGAUCUCUCAAGAUAUCCAUAGUAACACAUACAAUUACAAGAGCACUUUUUCUGUGGAAAUUGUUCCAAUAUGCAAGGAUAAUGUUGUCUGCCUAUCACCAAAACUGGCGCAGAGUCUUGGAAAUAUGAACCAGAUAUGUAUUUGUAUUCGAGUAACUAGUGCCAUCCAUCUCAUAGACCCAAAUACCCUACAAGUUGCAGAUAUUGAUGGAAACACUUUCUGGAGUCACCCUUUCAAUAGUUUAUGCCAUCCUAAACAGCUUGAAGAGUUUAUCGUGAUGGAAUGCAGCAUAGUCCGAGAUCUGAAACGAAGUGCAGGGGCUGGAGUCAUAUCAAAAAAGCACACCCUUGGGGAAGUCUGGGUCCAGAAGACAUCUGAAAUGAAUACAGAUAAACAGUAUUUUUGUCGGACUCACUUGGGACAUCUUUUAAAUCCUGGAGACCUGGUGCUGGGAUUUGAUUUGGCCAACUGUAAUUUAAAUGAUGAACAUGUCAACAAAAUGAACUCAGAUAGAGUUCCAGAUGUGGUGUUAAUUAAGAAGAGCUAUGACCGGACGAAACGCCAGCGCCGUAGAAACUGGAAACUGAAAGAGCUUGCGAGGGACCGAGAAGACAUGGACACGGAUGAUGAAAGGCAAUAUCAAGAUUUCCUUGAAGAUCUUGAAGAAGAUGAGGCAAUUAGAAAAAAUGUCAACAUUUACAGAGAUUCCACCAUCCCUGUGGAAAGUGACACAGAUGAUGAGGGAGCACCUCGAAUUAGUCUGGCUGAGAUGAUUGAAGACCUUCACAUUUCUCAAGAUGCCACUGGUGAAGAGGGUGCGUCAAUGAUGUCCUGAUGAAUCACGUUAGAUGUGUUUGCACACCGGUCACCUCAGGAAGUCCGCCAAAGAACCUUUAUUGAAUAGUGCAUGUAUUUCGUCAUAUUGUGAGAGGAGAAAUUUGGUCUUAAACUUGAAUAAACGACUAUUUUGAUUGUUUACUUAAAGUA